UCUUUUAACAAGUUGAAAUUUAACUUGGAUAAAUGUAAAUCCCCACAUUUAUAACAACUAUAUUUAAAUAUAUAGUUGUUUAAAACAAUAAGCAAGUACAGAAUGGGGGAAGUGUAAUUUAUUGAACCAAGUAACCUUAGUGUUAAUUGACAUUAUGUUGCCUGUGAGUUAGCUGUGAGUUGUUAGGGUCCAGAAAGCUGGUGUGAUUUUAGGUCGCUUUAGUAGAAAUUAUAAUAGAGUGCAUGCUUAUAGGACAUUUUUCUCCAUUUGCCUUUUGCUCUUUAUGCAGACGUCAGAGUUACACUCUAAGAUGAACAGUCAGAAACUAACUUGUCUGGGGAAGAAGGAGGAGAAAAGAGAGGUGAUGAUGCUUGAAGCCAUAUCAUACUCAUGGAUAAUUAUACAUUAAUUCUUUGCUGCUCUCAUGUCUUUUGACUUCUUAUCAGAUGUCAAAAUCCCUGCCAGCAGAAUGCAAAGGAAAGAAAGGACAGGUUGCUGCCCAUGCCCUCUAGGCAUUCAUAGCAUAGUUCAGGUAACAGAAAUAAUUCAAGCAGAGUCAUAAGUUCUCCUAUAAAGGUAGAAAAGAGAAGGCUGGGAGUUGAGGAAUGCUCAGUUGAAUAACCCACCAGGGGAGGCUCAAAGCAGUGACACUUUGGUUCUACAUUUGAAGGUUUUAGUUUUGUGGGAGUUUGCAAAUGGAAAUGCUGAGAAAAAACAUCCCAGAAGCUCGUGUGAAGGUAUUCGAGGGGGAGAGAACAUGGCAACAGCAAAUCAUAGCAAGCUGUCCCCAUGCGUCCCAUCCUUGACUGCCUAUGGGACCUGGGACGGUAGCAAAUUAUUUUAUCUCUGAGCUGUAGUUUCCUCAAACGUAAAAUGAGGGUCUUCUUAUUAUUUUGGGUUAUUAGGUACUGAUUUAAUCUUGAAGUCUAGCCUAUGAGGGUGUCUACCUCACACCACUGUUGGAAAUCUUAGUUGUACAUAAAACACUAACCUAUCUGGUACACAGCAGGCACUCAACCAGUGUGCUGCCCUCCACCCCUCUUCCUUUAGUUUUUUUAGAUAUAGGGGUCUCCCUAUGGUGCCCAGACUGGACUCGAACUCUUGGACUCAAGUGAUCCUCCAGCUUCAGCCGUCUGAGUAGCAGAGACUACCCCUGGCUUGUGCCUCCUCUUGAUCAAAGACUGGAGAACACUACUCUAAUCCAGCCUUGAGUGAUUCACCCAGCAUGAGGCCUUCCCUGCAGGCGGUGGCACUCUGGGGAAAGAGGGCCCCUCCCCACAGCAUCACGGCCAUCAUGAUCACCGAUGACCAGCAAAUGAUUGUGACUGGAAGUCAAGAGGGUCAGCUCUGUCUCUGGAAUCUCUCACCCGAACUAAAGAUCUCAGCAAAAGAACUUCUAUUUGGUCAUUCGGCUUCAGUAACAUGUUUGGCAAGAGCGAGAGACUUCUCUAAACAGCCCUAUGUUGUUAGUGCGGCUGAAAACGGGGAGAUGUGUGUUUGGAAUGUCACCAAUGGACAGUGCGUGGAGAAGGCCACACUUCCUUACAGGCACGCUGCAAUCUGUUAUUACCACUGCUCAUUCCGGAUGACAGGAGAAGGUUGGCUUCUUUGUUGUGGAGAAUAUCAAGAUGUCCUUAUAAUUGAUGCCAAAACUUUGGCUGUCGUUCACACUUUUACAUCAUCUCAGUCUCCCGAUUGGGUCAACUGCAUGUGCAUUGUUCACUCCAUGAGAAUUCAAGAAGAUUCUCUCUUGGUGGUAUCAGUAGCUGGUGAGCUCAAAGUAUGGGACCUCUCCUCGUCUAUCAACAGCAUCCAGGAAAAGCAAGAUGUCUAUGAAAAAGAAUCCAAGUUUCUCGAGUCCUUGAAUUGCCAGACAAUACGAUUUUGCACAUAUACUGAGAGACUUCUACUGGUGGUAUUUUCUAAAUGUUGGAAGGUUUAUGAUUACUGUGAUUUUUCCCUUCUGUUGACUGAAGUUAGUAGAAAUGGGCAGUUCUUUGACGGUGGAGAGGUGAUUGGUGCUCACAGAAUCCUCAUCUGGACAGAAGACGGUCACAGUUAUAUCUAUCAGCUGCUGAACAGUGGGCUUUCAAAAAGCAUAUACCCUGCUGAUGGAAGAGUGCUUAAAGAGACCAUUUAUCCUCAUUUGCUGUGCUCUACUUCUGUGCAGGAAAAUAAGGAACAGAGCCAUCCCUUUGUAAUGGGAUACAUGAAUGAAAGGAAAGAGCCUUUUUAUAAGGUACUUUUCUCUGGAGAAGUCUCAGGAAGAAUUACUUUGUGGCACAUCCCUGAUGUUCCUGUAUCCAAGUUUGAUGGUUCUCCCAGAGAAAUACCAAUAACUGCCACCUGGACGCUUCAAGAUAAUUUUGAUAAGCAUCAUACCAUGUCACAAAGCAUUAUUGACCAUUUCUCUGGGUUUAUAGAUGGGUCUGUAGUCACUUCCUCAGAGUAUGUUCCAAGUCUUGGUAAACUAAUAUGUGGCUGUGAAGACGGGACAAUUAUCAUCACACAGGCUUUGAAUGCUGCCAAAGCAGGACUUCUAGAAGGCGGUUCUUUAUUAAAAGAUUCCUCCCCUCACAAAGUUCUGAAAGGACAUCACCAAAGUGUUACUUCAUUACUUUAUCCACACAGUCUCUCUUCAAAAUUAGACCAAAGUUGGAUGGUUUCCGGGGAUCGGGACUCAUGUGUCAUCUGGUGGAAUAUCUUUACUGAAGAAAUUCUGCAUAAAUUCUUUUUGGAAGCCGGGCCAGUAACAAGUCUUUUGAUGUCACCAGAGAAGUUCAGACUAAGGGGUGAUCAGAUAAUUUGCUGUGUGUGCAGUGAUCAUUCUGUGGGGCUCCUUCACCUGGAAGGGAAGAGGUGCCUCUUGCGUGCCCGGAAGCACCUUUUCCCCGUGAGGAUGAUAAAAUGGCACCCUGUUGAGAAUUUUUUAAUUGUUGGAUGUGCAGACGACUCUGUCUACAUCUGGGAAAUUGAAACAGGCACUUUAGAAAGACAUGAGACAGGAGAAAGAGCUCGAAUUAUUCUUAAUUGUUGUGACGAUUCGCUGCUUCUAAAGCCUGAAUCUGUACUUCCAGUUGCCUCAGAGACACAUAAGCAUAAAAGUAUAGAACAGAGAUCUUCCAGCUCCUACCAGCUUGGGCCAAUACCUUGCCCUGGUCUGCAGGUGGAGUCUUCAUAUAAGGUAACAGAAGCUAAUUUUUGUUUGAGAAGCCUUAAUGUCUUGCCUGUGAAGACAAAAUGGAGCCAUGUUGGCUUUCACAUUCUUCUAUUUGAUCUGGAAAACCUUGUUGAACUUCUGCUGCCGACUCCACUGAGUGAUGGUGACUCUUCCAGUUCAUUCUAUGGUAGCGAGAUCCUGAGAAGAGCCAAGAGCACCGUAGAGAAGAAAACAAUGACACUGAAGAAAAAUAAAACUCUCUCAGCAGAGGCCACAAGCAAGCCUGCUAGCGAAAGCCUGGCCCAAGGAGAUAGUGCCAACAAAUUCUCAGAAGAAAACGAUGGCAUUAAAAGGCAGAAGAAAAUGAAGAGCUCCAAAAAGAUGCACCCUGAGCCAUCAAGAAGAGUGGAUGCCAACCUUACCAUAGACACAGCUAAAUUGUUUUUGUCUUGCCUUUUGCCAUGGGGGGUGGAUAAAGAACUAGAUCAUCUGUGCAUUAAGCAUCUCAAUAUUUUAAAGCUUCAGGGUCCCGUUUCUUUAGGACUUGCUUCAAAUGAAGAUCACUUCUCGUUGAUGUUGCCAGGUUGGGAUUUAUGCAAUACUGAAACGAAAAGAGAUGAUUCAAGAGUAAACUUAUUUUCUGGAAAAGUUUUGGAAUUGUCCAAUAAGUACAUAGCCACUCUUUCAAAUCAGCUUGCCAUUCCAAGAGGACUGGAAAAUAAAUGUAAUUCUUUGCAAGAGUUAAACACUAUAGUUUAUUUGAGCAGACUAUUUUUAGUUAAUAAAUUAGACAUGCCAAUAGACUUGACCUGUGGAACUGACAGUUCCUUCAAAAUGGAAUCUGUACAUAAUAAGGUGAAAAGUCCUGGGAGUGAUAUUUUAAACAUGUCAAGCUUCUAUGGUUACUUAAGAAAUGGCAAGAAUGGAUCCCAUGUACCGGAGGCUGACCUUUCACUUUUGAAGCUAAUUUCCUGUUGGAGAGACCAAUCUGUGCAGGUAACUGAAGCAAUACAAGCCGUUCUCUUGGCGGAAGUUCAACAGCACAUGAAGACUUUGAGAAAGACACCAAUAAACAGUCAACCAGUGUCCUUGGCAGAGAAUGGUAACUGUGAGAUGAUGCAGAACGUGCCAAAGAUGGAAUGGGCCGAGGAACUAGAGUUACAGUGUAUUAGAAGCACCUUGCCUCCUCAAACUCCAGUCAGUCCGGUCAACCAUGACAGCAACUCAAACUCGGCAAACUUCCAAGAUGCUGAGGACAUGCCUGACAGAUGUGUCUUGGAAGAGUCUGAGAGUCCAGGUGAACCGAGACAUCAUUUAUGGCUAGCAAAGGUGUGCCCCUGCAAAGUGUGCUAAGUGGAAUCUCAUCCGUAAGAACUGGAUUUGGACAAAUUACAAAACCCUAAACUGCCAUUUGUUUAGUAUUAUGUAAAAGCAAUGGUGUUAUUGGUCAAAUUAUCAGGCUGUAAUGGAUUUGCUAAUCCUUUAGCCAGAGUAUAUUGAAAAUGUAACACUGAUUGAAAAUACCCCAAUUCACCUAAUUUUAGAAAAUAAUUGUCUAAAUAAUUCUAUAUUCCUGCUUCUUACUUUUAAGUUAGUAUUUCCAACAAGGAAUGCCAGCUCACAGAUACAAAUUUAAUACUGCUUUGGAUUUUCUUCCAUCUUUUUAGUCCCUGAAUUAUAUAACAAACAACAUUAAAGCCAAUGUAGCAUGUAAUACUUUUAAAUUUAAUGUUACUUCAAUGUGUUUAAAACUUUACCAAAUUUGAUUUGUUAGGUUAGGACAUCUUGUUUUAGUAGAUGCUUUAAUUCACAUCAAUUACUGCUGCAGAUCUCAUCCCUAAGCAUGAAAUGUUGUCAACAAAUAACCACUUCCCUUUGUCAUCAAUUAGCCCAAUAAGUGAUACACAGUACAACAGGGACCAACCUUGUUCUGUUCAGUUAAUUUGGGCUUCUAAUGAUAUUGAGGCUAAUGUCUUUGGCCAAAGGUUGAUCUUUUUGGCCAUUUAGCUGUGAAAUAGGGAAGGGGAAUCCACUUACAGAAUUUCGCAAUUGAUUCAAUUUCGCAAUUGAUUCUUCUGAAGUAUAAACUCUUGUUCUUUUCCCAGAAAGAAGCUUGACUAGCAGGAAUUCUAUAACUAAAAUUUGCAAAACAAUAAGAACAGACAUAAAAUGCUCAUCUAUUAAGGCCUUUAGUGAUCUGACUUAUUUUCUAUGACUUAUAUUGUAUGAUUCAUUGAUUUAUAGAAAAUCAUCAAAAAGGUUAUUAGUGUGCAUAUAUUAUAAAUACAAAUAUUUCCUAAUCCAUGAAAAAUGGAAAUAGAUUAUUAAUCUUAAAUAUAGGAUAUAUACCUAUAUCUAUCUAAUAGGGAAGUUCAAGUCACUGCAAUUCAACAAAUGUAUUUUUGAGCACCAGCCUUAGGUUCUAUCCUGGGAUGUAGUAGGCAAGAAAGAGGAAGAUUAUUAGAGAAUAGAAGUAUAAAAUUGAAAUGGCACCACAUCUACUCAUAAGAAGCUUAUAAUUAAUGAUUCACCUGAAGAAUAUACCAGAAUAUAGACAUCAAAUGAAUAUGGCCUCUUGUAAGUAGUUUAAAGUAUGUGUUCCUUGUUUCCUAAAAUAUAAUUCCACUGCUUGAAAUUGCUUUUGAGUUAUACUUCAGAAACUGUAACAUAUUAUUAAUACAAAUAAUCUUAGAAAAUUAUUAUCCUUUGAAAAAUGAUAUAUGUACUCCUCCAUCCCCUUUUGGAAAUAGCUAAAAGCCACUUGGAACAAGUGUCAAAAUAAAGGAGGUUAGCAAGGCAAUGCAAUAUAUUCUCUUGCAUUUGUGUAUUGGCUCUUAAGGUCAUUACCAGAAGGACUCUCAAAACCAUUUUGAAUGAUGACAAUAUCAAAUAAGUACAUGUCCUCUCAAAGGGGCAAUUUUAAUAGUUAAAACUUGUGUGGAUGCUCAAGUUAUGAUGUGUUUAUUAAAAAUAAGCGUCAUUAUCUUUAUAGCUACAUCCUAUUAUUCCAUUUUUCAAAGUAGACUAACAAUAGGUUUUAACAGUUGCCAUACUUAGCAUUUUUUCAGGUCUAAAGGAACUAAUAUAGAAUCCCUAAUAAAUAUUUUAUGAUGUCACCAGCUAUAGGAAAUUAGAACUGGCACAGCCAUGACAUUACUAUUAAUAAAUGGGAGUUUUAAGAAUUUUUGGUAUCACAUGUUAGAGUCACUAAAAUUUAAAAAUUCAUGUUAAAUGGCUAAUUAAAAUUUGCUUUUAUCAAUAUGAAUUCUGGAGACCAACAUCAUUAUCAAAACUUUUAAUUCCUAAAAAUAAGAGUUUUAGAGAUAGAUGUUUAAAUAAUGCUAUUCUAAUAUCCACAAGCAAGUGUGUUUAUAACACAGAUCCACUAGUCUGUUUAAAAGUGAUUUCUUUAUACUGACUCAUGUUCAACAUGUUUCAGUAAUUUCUGUUAUGAAGGUGAGUUGAAAUGGCAAGUUGCCACACAGUUAAUCGGAUGGACCAUGUGGUGACCCUAACUACUUGAUACCACUACUAGAAACUCAAAACUGACUCUCUUUUGAGUAGGUGGUUGUCCUUUUAUAUGUCUUGUCUUAGGUAAGCAGUGGAGUGAUUGUAUUA